AUGACAAUUGAUUCAAAUACAAUAUCGGCGGCAACUACUCCAUUUGCACUUAUCGACGAAUACAGUGCUAUUGAAACUGAAAAAGAAAUCCUGUUUUCAAUGCAUACUGUUUUUCGUGUCGAAGAUAUCAAACAAUCAAUUAGCAAUAGUAGUCUGUGGGAAGUUCAAUUGAGUCUCACCGGCGACAAUGAUCCACAAUUGGCUGCUCUUACUAAUCGCAUACGAAAGGAAGUCGAUGGCACUGGAUGGUAUCGAAUGGCUAAACUGAUGCGUCGGGUGGGUCACUACAAUCAAGCUGAAGAACUCUACAAUGAAUUACUCAAAAACGCUUCCAAUGACAGUGAUAGAGCACAUAUUUAUCACCAGCUUGGAUUUUCAAAAGACCAUAAAGGACAAUACCAAGAAGCAGUCUCAUUUUAUGAAAAAUCAGUGAAGAUCAAGAGAAAAAGUCUUCCGGAAGAUCAUUCUUCAUUAGCUCCUACCUACACUGGAAUUGGUGUUGCGUAUAACAACAUGGGUGACUACUCGAAAGCACUUGAAUUUUACGAAAAAGCACUUAAAAUAAGAGAAAAAGCUCUGCCUCCGAAUCAUCCCGAAUUGGCUACUUCCUACAACAACAUCGGUCUCGUGUAUGACAACAUGGGUGACUACUCGAAAGCACUUGAAUUUUACGAAAAAGCACUUAAAAUAAGAGAAAAAGCUCUGCCUCCGAAUCAUCCCGAAUUGGCUAUUUCCUACAACAACAUCGGUCAAGUGUAUAACAACAUGGGUGACUACUCGAAAGCACUUGAAUUUUACGAAAAAGCACUUAAAAUAACAGAAAAAGCUCUGCUUCCGAAUCAUCCCGAUUUGGCUACUUCCUACAACAACAUCGGUACGGCGUAUUACGGCAAAGGAGACUACUCAAAAGCACUCUCAUUCUUAGAAAAGGCACUUUCCAUCUUGCAAAAAUCACUUCCACCUAAUCAUCCUAAUAUUAAAACAACUACAAACUCAAUUGACUAUGUAAAAAAGAAAAUGUAA